GCUAAAAGUCUGCAGUUUACCCAGUCCGCAGUCCGCGUCGGCACUUUACUUUACUCUGGCUUUCCGCCCCCAAGUAUCAAUAUCAGUAGAGCGUGUGUUGAUUCAAUUUUAAUAACCAAAUUGGUGUAUAUUUGACAAAUUAGUGUCUGUGACACUCCAGCCCUAUUGUUGUGCUUUAACACGUUCUACUCGAACACGAAGUGUGCAAGAUGAAUGCUAAUUUUGAUGAUCCACCUCCAGCCUACACUCCGUUUGUUCAACAGUCAAUAUCGAGCUCCCAAACCUAUGGUUCUACUGGAGUCACAAGUUCUGGAACAACUACCGUUAUAAUUACUCCCAAUCCAGCAGGAAACAUUUUUCUUGUUAGCGGUUGCCCAGCAUGCAGAGUUGGUGUUCUAGAUGAUGAAUUUACCUUUUUGGGGCUAUUGUGUUGCAUUCUUUUUUUCCCUAUUGGUAUCCUUUGUUGCUUAGCUCUGCGACAAAGGCGGUGCCUUAACUGCGGAGCCGUUUUUUAGAAGAUAAAUCAUAAAAUUUAUACAUGUCUCAUUUCCUGGUCAGCUAUGAGCAACAUGAUUUUGAAGGAACCUACAGAAUUUGUAAAGGAUCAUAAGUUAUGUUUUAUCUGAUUUAUUUUUCCAAAAUCCAAUAUCAUGUAAACUAGUGCCUCUGUAAUUUUUUAAUCAUUCUGAUUCAUUUUUAAAGGACAAUAAAUCAAUGGCUAUAAAUGAA